AAAAAAUUUGACAUUGACAACUCGCGGCUGGCUAUUUCGCAUACCUAGUUCCAUUUUAUCAUUACAAAGAAUUUCGGAAGCUUAUGUGGUGUUUACGAUGAGUUAGAUCUUAAAAUUACUUCUGUAACUUUCUAGCCCACCAUGGAUCCAAACAUCUACGCGCUGGUGCUAGACACCCUGAACCGGGCGACUAGUCAGGAUGCAGAGGUGCUGAAGCCAGCUGAAAAGAAGCUGCAAGAAUGGGAGAUAGAACCCGGCUUCUACUCUGUCCUUCUGGACGUCCUCUCCAACCACACCAUAAACGUGAACGUCCGCUGGCUCGCCGUGAUGUGCUUCAAGAACGGCGUCGACCGCUACUGGCGCCGCAAUGCGCCGCACGCCGUCUCCGACCAGGAGAAGGAGAAACUGCGGCUCGGGCUGCUCACGCCCAACGUUCUUAGUGAACCCGUGGCGCAGAUAGCGACACAGCAGGCCGUGCUCAUCGCCAAGAUAGCCAGAUUGGACUGCCCGAUGCACUGGCCAAACCUAGUUCCUGACCUGCUUGGAGCGCUGAAAGCUCCCCAGCCGCUGGUUCAGCAUCGUUCUCUGCUCAUCUUCCACCACAUCGUCAAGGCACUGGCUUCCAAGAGGCUAGCUGGGGAUCGCAGGACAUUCCAGGACCUCACAAACACCGUAUACUCCUUCAUUCUGAGUCUCUGGCACGAGAACACCGAGCUCUUCCUCCGCCACAUCCAAGAGGGCGCCACCACCGAGCUGAUCACCGAGCACCUGGAGAAGGCCCUCCUCUGUCUCCGCAUUCUAAGGAAGCUGACGGUCUUCGGCUUCAAGAAGGCCCAUGAGAGCCAGGAUGCCGUGGCUUUCCUCAAUGUGGUGUUUGACCGGGCUAAGACCAGUUUAGAAUGCAGAAAACUGCUCAAAGGCCGCGGCAUAUACCCCCUAGAACUCUGCGAGAAAUUCAUCAUCCACCUAACAAAAGUUGCAUUAGGGGUCCUAGGGGUCCACCCGUUCUCGUACGUGCCCCUAAUCAGACCCUCGCUGGAGUUCGCCAUAUACUACUGCUUCACGGAGCAGGGCAUGAGCUUCGUGUACGAGCGGUUCAACAUACAGUGCCUGAACAUUGUGAAGGGGAUUUUGCAAUGUGUGGAAUUUAAGCCGCCGAAGGGGGAUCAAGUUAAGGAACCAUUGACCCUGCAAGCCCACCAAAUCAAGACGGAAGUCCUGGACACGGCCACGGUCUGCCACAUGUGCCAGGUGCUGGUGUCCCGUUAUUUCCUGCUGUCGGCCGAUGACCUCGCGCUGUGGGACGCGGAGCCGGAGAGCUUUGCCACAGACGAGGCAGGGGAGAGUUGGAAAUACAGCCUUAGGCCAUGCACAGAAGCGGUGUUCAUGGAGCUAUUCCACGAGUUCCGCGACACGCUAGCGCCCGAGCUUGUGCGUCUACUCGCCGGGCUCCAACAUACGCCAUCUGACGCCAGCGACCUUGACGCCAUCCUGAAGAAGGACGCCAUCUACAACGCCGUCGGACUCGCCGCCUUCGAUUUGUACGACGAGGUGGACUUCGACGAAUGGUUCACGAAUGUGUUGAGCCAAGAGCUGAAAAUAAAAGAUGACAACUACAGAAUAAUUAGGAGGAGAGUUUGUCAAUUAAUAGGUCAAUGGUGCGGCGUCCGCGCCUCCCCCUCCCUCCGCCCCGCCAUAUACGGAGCCCUCCUCCAGCCGCUCGCGCGACCGCAGGAAGACGCGGCAGUCAAGCUAGCGGCCGCCGAGUCUCUCCGGGCCACUAUAGAUGAUUUCAACUUCGACGUGGACCAGUUCGCCCCGUUCGCCCCUCACAUCCUCGCCGCACUCUACGAACUGCUGGUGGAGUCGGAGGAGUGCGACACGAAGAUGCACGUGCUGCACGUGGUGUCGUACGUGAUGGAGCGGUGCGGCGCGGCGGUGGCGCGCGGCGGCGGCGCGGACGCGCUGGUGGCGAGCCUGCCGCAGCUGUGGGCGCACGCGCACAGCCACGACAUGCUGCGCGCCGCCGCGCUGGCCGCCUCCGUCAAUCUACUUAAAGCCAUAGGAGAAUGCCCUCCAAACAUUCGUCCCUGGAUCCUGAACGUAGUCAACGACUCCACCAAACUGUCGGAGCCAGCGCACGUCUAUCUUCUAGAAGAUGCUCUGGACCUCUGGCUCGCUGUGCUGGAGACCUCUCAUGUGGCUGACGCAGCCACGCUUCAGCUGGCUGAAAACCUGUGUCCCAUACUUGAACAAACUUCAGAGCACCUCCGCAUAAUAGUGUACAUAAUGCAAGCCUACACCCUGCUCUGCCCCGAAGAGUUCCUCCUGGGUGCCGGCGGCAAGUGCAUGAUGUUGUUAGAAGACAUGCUCGGCGACAUGCGCACUGAAGGUAUCUUGACGGUGUUAAAAAUGGCGGAGGUGUGCAUCAGCGUAGCAUUCCCUGAAAGAAACACGUUUCUAGGUGUUAAGGUCAUAUGGCCCAUCCUGCUCAGAGUUAUACACUGGCUAGACCUGGAUGACCUGCCGCUCGUGUUGUCAGUGGAGUUGUGCCUGAUGUCGCGAGUCAUUCUGCUCUCCACCGAUCUCUUUUACAAGGCGGUGGAAGAAGCAGCGGCCACCAUGCCGGAAUACGAGUCGGACCCUACGAAGGUUCUGGAUAAAAUCCUCCACGUGUGGACUGAGAAGAUGAACCUGGUCACGCAGGUGGAACGGUGGAAGGUUGCUGGUCUCGGUUUGGCGGCACUGUUGACAACACAAAACUCCGUGGUGCUGAGCCGCGCGCCGGCGCUCCUUCUCAACCUCGCCGAGGUGCUGAACGACGUUAUGAAGACUGACGAGAUGGGCGUGCAUCAAGAUAGUCUAGUGUGCGCGGGGGGCUCGCGGCCCGCGUCCCCGCUGGAGGGCCGCGGGGGCGCGGCGCGCUGGGGCGCGGGCGCGGGCGCGGCCGGCCCCGACACGCCGCACGAGCAGCGGCGCCGGGCGCUCGCCGCCACGCAUCCCGCGCAUGCGCUGGAUCUGCGCGCCGUCACACACCAUCAGUUGGAGACCCUCAAAGCCCAGGUGGGUCCGGAGACCUUCGACCGAAUCCUGCAGUCCACCGACAAGGAGACCUUGCAACAGAUCAGGGAAUAUAUACCUAUAUGAAUAUAUAUCAUCUAAGAAAACGUGAGGCCUUUCGAUCACCGCUCGAGUUAUAGUCAAAAUUAACCAUAACCAAUAAAAUUUCUGCUAGGUAGGUACUUGUAUUUAUUUAUUACAUAAGACAAUGUUUGACCUCCUCCUCUCUUUAAAAUGUCUUACGUAAUAAAUCGAAGGUACCUUGCCUAGCAGUGGAACAAUCUAAUAUUCAAAAAAAGUUUUGGGUGAGAAAUAUUUGUGGACCGCGCUGGUUCCAUAUGCGUAUGACUGACAAAUAACAUCGCGUUUUGCAAUUUUUCUAUCUUAUGUAAGGGCAUUUUCAUUUAACUUGUAUAAGUUAAGCGCGACUUAAGCCGUGUCUCAGUAACGUCUAACCGUUACAUUCCUGACAAAAUGUAUGGGAUUUGACAUUGACCGUCAGUUUUGUAACGAUUGCUAACCGGCCGUUAAAGGUGUUAAAUUAAGUGAAAAUGCCCGUAAAAUUGUCUUCCUAUAAUAUUCUUUCGUGUCUGAAAUUUGCUAUAAACUUAUGUAGUUAGUGCAUAAGUAUCGCUUAAAUUUAGGAUUUUUUUAUAAUAUAUAAAUGCAGAACGCGAACGGUGAUUGAAAAGUUCCUACACAAGUCAUUUAAGUACGUUGCUUCUCAUAUAGUUUCAUUAAAUUUAAAAGUUAUUAUAAAUCUAGUAAAUACAUGUACCAUCUGUACUUUUACAAUCCCAAUUGUAUUUUAAUAAGAUGCGACGCAAUAAUAUAUCAUUAUAUGAAACCGAUUAUCGUUUUUAAGAUGUACAUUUUGUAUUACUAUAUUUGUUAUUUGUUUCGUUAUUUUUAAACAAACAAGUAUUUCCUAUACAGAUACAGACUGACGAUAAAACGUGGUUUUUGUUAAGCACUACAUUUUUUGUUAUUUUAAAAAUUACGUUAUAAUAAAUAAUACUGAACAUGUAUAAUAUGAUUGUGAUAUACUUACAAUUUCCUAUAAUAGCUUUAAAUAUAGGAGGAAUGGCAUUCUGUACAAGUCAUUUGUAAGGAUCGAUGAUUUAAUAGUUAAUAAGUAAAAACACUUUAAGAGUUGUGUAUUCAAAUGGUGUACGGAAUGCCAAGCUAGUUGUAGAAAUAUAAAUAAUGCGCAUGACUAAUGAAAGUGAAAUGCAGAUGUAAUCGAAAUAAAAUUAUGUUUAAAAGCGAAUUCGUGUAAUGGAAGGUUUUUAAUAAGAGCAAAAUAGGGGGGCCUCAAGGUCUGGUUGUAUAUUCGAGCAUUUGAAUUUGAAACGUAAUUAUCUUAACAAAUUAUACUUAUCAAAUAUAAUUAAGACCCUCUAUUAAAAACACGUUAAAAUGGGUCAUUCAAGUAAUUUAUGUCGAAUAUCGCUUGACAUGUUUCGAUUCGUUUCGAGUAAUGGUGCUCCCAUACUGGCAGCUAUAUAACGUUAUAAUAUAUAACGUGUUCUCAUAUAUUGUUUCCAUGUAUUGUAUUUUAUUUUGUAGUUUCACAGUGCCUUGGUUUUACUGUAAUGUUGUGUUACUUAUUUGACUAAUAAAAUAAAUAAUAAAUAACUGCCAGUCUAGGAGCACCAUUACUACACACGUUCAGCAGCAACACAAAAUAUCGUAACAUGUAGAACAAUAUUCAACCAAAAUGGCUUGAGUGAUGCGAGUUUAAACGUGUUUGAGUCUCACAGGAGUCUUCUAGUUAAAAUUGUCAUUUUUAAGAAUCUUAUUUGAUAGUUUUCGAAUAUUGUGGUUCUGGCUCUAACUAAACACUCGCAAUAAACUGUCAUUUUAUCAUUAGAUAUAGAAGACUAUAUUACUACUAUCGUAGACUCGCAUAUAUAACAUUUUCAUCAUUGUUAAAGCAUUUUACAUAGUAUUGUAAUGUUGAAAUUGGCAAAUUCUAACGAAUAUCGACUUAUAGAGAUAAUAAUAUGACAUUUAACUGUAGUUCUGCUGUGCCUCUUUUACGCCGUGUAUGUAUUUUGUAAAUAUAAGUCAUUCGAAAUAUUUUAGUACAUAACAAAAAGGAUACCUACAUCAGUACUUUUUUAUAAUUACAACUUGUAUUUCUUUAAACACCAUAGCGCAUACGUAGACAAAUCGGGGCACUUUGUACGCUUAUUUCAACAUUAUGUGAGCCGAUUUUUUGCCUUUGAGUGUACCUACAAAUGUGUAAAAUUGAAGAUCCCAGGUGAAAAUAAAAACGGACUGUUGUGGAUAUAUGUUUAAAUCUUCCUUGAAGGCACGUAGUUUGCUUUAACUAAACAACUAGUGUCACCACAUUUGGCGUAACCGGAUCAGCCCUCAGACUGUCGUUUUUUUUUUCUGAGAGACAUCUCUCAGAAAAAAAAACAUGAUUUUUGACGGAUGACCUAUAUCACGAAUAAUACCUAGUUUUGAAAUAUAUCCCGGCCCUUCAAGCUAUUUACCUCAGCUCAUAGUCGCGGGGUAUGAUCGGUUAAAUUACUUGAUUUCAUUAAUAUAACUAUUGCGGUAACAGACUAUAUUUUAAAUUUUAUGUUUAUGUGCGACAAAUACGUGAUACGAUUCGCUAUGAAUUAUUUAAGUCAUCGAACGGUAACAUAUGAUUUUUAAUGCGUGCAUGAACUGUAGGGGGCAGCACAGGAGCCCCCUGUUUAUUGGCGCGAAGUGUUGUCAAUUUUAAGAUUCUAAUGUAGCCCACCCCACAAGAUGUAGAAGGCAGCACUUGUUUCGUGAUUCAGGCCACAGGAUGGCAGACCCUCCAAGCCGGUUCAGCGUCUAGUGUUGUGACACCUUUAGACGUCAGCAUGCUUACUACAUGUAAUGAGACUUUAUAAUUACUACGAUUUCAUUGUACUAUAAUAUGUAAAUUGAAUAAAUUGGUCGUAAAUAUUACUGAAGUGCCA